AGAAAAAGCCAUCACACCAACACCUUCAUCAACAAGUAAAAAAUGGCAACGGUUUUCAAUGAAGAAGAGUCUGAGAUAGCUAUGGUAUAUGAAAACUUGCAUGGUGAUUCAGCCAGGAGUCACUGUGGUAAAGACAGGAAAGUGUCUGCUGUACAGCCUGGAAUGAAACUGUACAGACUGGUCGCUGUGAGUUUUGGACUCCUGUGUCUCCUACAAGUUGCUCUCAACAUUUCACUGCAUCUUUCUCUCUACAGUUCUUACUGUACGGCAUUAGAAAUAGUGAAGAAGAACCUGAGUGACUGUGAUAACAAGACACUGGAUAUGGAGGCCAGCAUUGAAACACUCACUGAGGAAAGAGAUGAGCUGAAGAAGAAGCUUUCUGAUUUUGAUUACUACUCCCAACAAGGAUGGGUGUAUUUCAGCGGUAGUUUCUAUUAUGUUUCUGAAAUCAAGAAAACCUGGAAUAACAGUAGAUAUGAUUGUCUUAAAAGAGGGGCGGACCUGUUGAUUGUCAACACCAAAGAAAAACAGGAAUUUCUACAUCACCUCCAAAGGAGAAUCUGGAUUGGACUGACUGACAGAGAGAUAGAAGGGACAUGGAAGUGGGUGGAUGGGUCUCCGCUGAAAACAAGCUACUGGGCCACUGAUGAGCCUAACAGUUAUGAAAGCACAGAUGAAGACUGCGGAGACACAAAGUUCUUUACUGAGAAAAACAGUUGGAAUGAUUCACCGUGUGAAUAUCUUCUUCCCUGGACCUGUGAAAAAAAAAAAAACAGUAGCUCCCUAACUCAGCAACCAAAAGCUGAAAUAUAAAACAUCCUUCUAUCAGUCUCACACUCAAAUAUUGAUUUUGGCAAGUAAAUUAGCACAUUGUGUGUGUGCCGAAACCUCCCAUACGCACGCGCGCGUACACGCACUCACACGCACGCACACACACACACACACACACACACACACACACACACACACACACACACACACACACACACACACACACACACACACACACACACACACACACACACACACACACACACACUAAUUUACAACUGGCUUCAUAAUUGUUGGUUUAUAGUUGUUUUUUGUGACAUGGCAGGUCCAAAAGGGGCUGUGCCAGACAUAUGAAAAUAUGUCAGUACAGUCAAAAUACAUAUUAAUGCUGAACCUUAACAAACAUAGCUGUGUUUCAGUGUAAAUGGGCUUUUUUUCUGGAAAAUAACAAUAUCAGUGUUGUGUUGUCGGUGAGGAGACCAGAAAGCAGUUUGUGUGUUGUUGCAGGAGAGACACAACUGAUCAUAAAAGUCUAUGUUGUCUUUACUGAUCUGCUGCUCAAAAUAAAAUGCUUGCAUUUCUUUGCAGAUA